AUGAUCCUCUCCAACUGGGUGGCCUCCCUCCUGGCCGGCUUCGUCGCCGUCCAGGCGGCUUUCGCCAUCGACAUCACCGUCAACGACCAGGGUUCCCUAUCCAAGGCCGCCAAGCAGGUCGCAACCGACAUGAUGGAUUACUAUAAUGAUCGCGAUUCAAAGAAUAUCCCCGGAAAGUUCGAUGGUACCUGGUGGGAAGGUGGUUCCAUGUUUAUGAUCCUCAUUCAAUAUUGGUUCUUGACCGGUGAUGAUCAGUUCAAUGCUGCCGUGCAAGAAGGCAUGUAUUGGCAAAAGGGCGACGACGACUUCUUCCCUUCCAACUACAGCUCGUAUCUCGGAAAUGACGAUCAGGUCUUUUGGGGUCUCGCCGCCAUGACCGCCGCCGAAUUGAAUUUCCCGGAAGAGGACGGCCAGCCGUCAUGGGUCUCUCUCGCGCAGGGUGUGUUCAAUACCCAGGUCCCCCGCUGGGACACCAGUACCUGUAAGGGUGGUCUGCGCUGGCAGAUCUGGCCCUACCAGGAUGGAUACCAGACCAAAAACGCCAUCUCGAACGGUGGUCUCUUCCAACUGUCUGCUCGUCUUGCACUUUACACCCACAACCAGACCUAUGCCCAAUGGGCCGAACGCAUCUGGGACUGGAGUGCCAGCACGCCACUCCUCAAGGAGAAAAACUGGAACAUUGCCGAUUCCACCACCCCCGCAACACAAUGUACAGAUCACGGUGACUGGCAAUGGACCUAUAACUAUGCCACCUACAUCAGCGGUGCCGCCUACAUGCACAACUACACCAACGGAACUGAAUCGAAGUGGAAGGAAGGAGUUGAGGGCUUGCUCGGCACCUCAGAGCAGUUCUACCCAACCAAAGGUUUUGGCAAGGACGAUGGCUCGAUCUUGGUGGAGAUCACCUGUGAAGCAAUCGAGAAAUGCGACCGUAACCAGCGAACCUUCAAGGCCUACUUUGCCUCCUGGCUCGCCUGGCUGACUCUGAUUGUCCCGGGUACAUCUGAUCAGAUCAUGCCGAAGCUCCAGACCUCCGCGGUGGCCGCCACCAAGACCUGUGUCAAGAAUGGCCACCUCUGUGGUAUCCAGUGGUACAAGCAGGCUUCGGAUGGAACGGAUGGCUUAGAGCAGCAGCUCGCGGUGCUAGGUGUUCUCAACGCUAACAUGGUGCCAUUGAAGAACGCGGCACCUUAUUCAUCAGACAACGGCGGUACUUCCAAGAGUAACCCGAAUGCUGGUACCAACUCAUCCAACACCAACACCCUCAUCGAGAAACCGAUCACGACUGGCGACCGAGCGGGUGCCGGAAUCCUGACCGUCAUCUUUGUGACUGGUUGGGUGGUGGCGAUUACCUGGAUGAUUCGUGGUGGUUAG